GUGUACUGUGGGCUGAGGCGAGCGAAUUCGAGGGAGGGAAAUUCCAGGGAAGAGAGGAUAGAAGUGGGUGAGUGGCGAUUCGGGAGGAGACAGGGAGUGCCUUGAAGCGGAGAUAACCUGGUGCAAUUGGAGAUCAGGUGCGAAAAAUAGGAAUUUGGGGUGUGGGAAUUGUGAGAAGUGGGGAUAACUGGGAUGGGGGAAUGAGAGAGUACUGGGUGGGGAGAUUAUUAGAUGAGGACGUAGUGGCCGACAGAAGAGUUGGAAGGAUCUUAGGAAACACAGAGGAGUUCUGGGCAAACCUGGAUGCUGAGGUUUUCAGAAAACUGAGCCAGGAGGGAACUGGGGGUUCCUAUGCAUUUGGAAAAAGAUAUGUCCAUGAGGUGGCUGGGGACAGUGGGAAGCAAGGGCGAUGGGUGCUUGCUGGUGAGUUAUCAGGAGUUAGACGUGCAGGGCCAUUCAGUCCAGGCAGGGAUGUUUUAUAGCCCAUUCCGAACUGUGAGGCCAAGAGUGGGGUGGAGGCCCGCAGAGCAGAGUCCACUUGGAUCUUCCAGGCCCAAGGCAGCACCCCCCACCACCAUCACCACCACCACCCCAGCCUGCUGUGACUUCCUUAGAUGCUCAGGGGCUGGGGCUAUCAAGAGUUCCUCCCCUCCAUGCUCCAGGGCUCACUUUGUACACCCUAGGGACUGGUUGACUUUUUAGCUUCUCAUGGACCAUGCCCCUGGGGUUAGUGAAGGGGGAGCCUAGCAAACCUUAGGCCCCGAAGAUACUGGAGGGAGAGUAAGUGGGAGGAAUUGGGUUAAGGCACUUGGGUCAUGGUGUCUGGCAGAGGGAGGGCUGCCUGACAGCAUCAAGAAGAGGAAGUGGCGUCAGCCGCCAGCCCCAGGACCUGCCCAGACCUGGAGGAUGCUGCCUGGGCCCCCAUACCAGCAGAUGGGAGGCAAUCGUCCUCUCCCAAGUGUCUGACUCAUUCAUGGCUAAAGCAGUAUUGGGAGGCUGAUGGAGAAAGAGGUACAGGGCCUCCAGCUUGCAGGGUUCACAGAGGCUGGAGAAAUGAGGCAAGGAUUUGUGCUCUGGGGGCCACUUUCCCUGGGUUUUCAUCCAGGCUUUGCCCUUAACUGGCUCUGUGCGCCUGAGCAAGGCUCUGAGAUACCCAAGGUCCUUAUUUGUCACCGUGGGGUGGAGGCGAUAAUACUGGUUCUACCUUGCUAUCUGCUACCUUGUUAUCAGCAUCAGGACUAAGGAAAGAACAGGGAGAAGAGGCUGGGCUAUGGGGCUCUUCAUCUCCCAUGCUUUCCUGAGAAGUCCUUUCCCAAGUGUGUAGGAACCCAAUUUCCCUCCUGGCCCAGCUUUCCAAGAGCCUUGGUAACCUGCGUAUCCCCAGAAUCCCUCUGCUUUUUCUAAGAUCUUUCCAGCUCCUCUGCUCCCCACAUGUCCUCAUCUGUCUGGUCUCCCCACCCGGCACUCCCUCACCCCAGCCCUUCCCCCACGCAUCUGCUCUCCUCUCUCCUUCUGCCUUUGCUCACCUCCAGCUUUUCUCUAACUCGGGGUUUCUUCUGGUUUCCAACAUUGGCCCACUCUGCACGUUGCCUUGCGUUUUGCAUCUAGAUCUGGCGGUGCUCCAGAGGACGGCUUCAUCAGGUGUUACACGAGCCAAGCCCUAACUGUCCAGAAGAGUGAGAGCUGACCCCCGUUACCCAGUCAGAAGGAUUGACAGGGCUUGCUGGGCUGUGCAGGUCCCUGGGCCCCUCCGUCUGGGCCCCUGUGGAUAGGAGGGGCCGGGCGAGCAGGCAGCUGGGCUAUGGUUUGGUGCCUCAGUCUGGCCAUCCUCAGCCUGAUCAUCGGCCAGGGGGCUGACGGUCGAGGGAAGCCUGAGGUGGUGUCGGUGGUGGGCCGGGCCGGGGAGAGCGCGGUGCUGGGCUGUGACCUGCUGUCCCCGGCUGGCCGGCCCCCUCUGCACGUCAUCGAGUGGCUGCGCUUUGGAUUCCUGCUUCCCAUCUUCAUUCAGUUCGGCCUCUACUCUCCCCGCAUCGACCCUGCUUACGUGGGGCGUGUCCGGCUUCAGAAGGGGGCAUCUCUCCAGAUCGAGGGGCUGCGGGCUGAGGACCAGGGCUGGUACGAGUGCCGCGUGCUCUUCCUGGACCAGCACAGACCCGAGGACGACUCUGCUAACGGCUCCUGGGUGCACCUCACAGUCAAUUCGCCCCCUCAAUUCCUGGAGACACCUCCCCAGGUGCUGGAAGUGCGGGAACUGGAGGCUGUGACCCUGCGUUGCGCGGCCCGCGGCAGCCCCCAACCUCGUGUGACUUGGAAGCUCCUAGGACAGGACCUCGGCCAGGGCCAGAGUCAGGUGCAAGUGCAGAACGGGACGCUGAGGAUCCGGAGGGUGGAGCGAGGCAGCUCCGGGGUCUACACCUGCCAAGCCUCCAGCACUGAGGGCAGCGCCAUCCACGCCACCCAGCUGCUGGUGCUAGGACCCCCAGUCAUCGUGGUGCCCCCCAAGAACAGCACGGUCAAUGCCUCUCAGGAUGUUUCCCUGGCCUGCCAGGCUGAGGCGUACCCCGCUAACCUCACCUACAGCUGGUUCCAGGACAGCACCAAUGUCUUCCACAUUAGCCGCCUGCAGCCCCGAGUGCGGAUCCUGGUGGAUGGCAGCUUGCGGCUGCAGGCCGCCCAGCCUGAUGAUGCGGGCCGCUACACCUGUGUACCCAGCAAUGGCCUUCCACGCCCACCCUCGGCCUCUGCCUACCUCACUGUUCUCUACCCCGCCCAGGUGACUGCCAUGCCUCCUGAGACACCCCUGCCCAUGGGCAUGCGGGGGGUGAUCCGGUGCCCGGUUCGUGCCAACCCCCCACUGCUCUUUGUCAGCUGGACCAAGGAUGGGCAGGCCCUGCAGCUGGACAAGUUCCCUGGCUGGUCCCAGGGCCCAGAAGGUUCUCUGAUCAUUGCCCUGGGGAAUGAGGAUGUGCUGGGAGAAUACUCCUGCACCCCCUACAACCGUCUUGGCACUGCAGGGCCCUCCCCGGUGACCCGCGUGCUGCUCAAGGCUCCCCCAGCUUUUCUAGAACGGCCCAAGGAAGAAUAUUUCCAAGAAGUAGGGCGGGAGCUACUCAUCCCCUGCUCUGCCCGAGGAGACCCUUCGCCUACUAUCUCUUGGGCUAAGGUGGGCCGGGGGCUGCAGGGCCAGGCCCAGGUGGAUAGCAACAGUAGCCUCAUCCUGCGACCGUUGACCAAGGAGGCCCACGGGCGCUGGGAGUGCACAGCCAGCAAUGCUGUGGCCCGAGUGGCCACCUCCACGAAUGUCUACGUGCUGGGCACCAGCCCCCACGUUGUCACCAAUGUGUCCGUCGUGCCUUUGCCCAAGAGUGCCAACGUCUCCUGGGAGCCUGGCUUUGAUGGUGGCUACCUGCAGAGAUUCAGCGUCUGGUACACCCCAUUGGCAAAGCGUCCUGACCGAGCCCACUACGACUGGGUGUCCUUGGCUGUGCCCCUGGGGGCUGCUCACCUCCUAGUGCCAGGCUUGCAGCCCCACACCCAAUACCAGUUCAGCGUCCUUGCUCAGAACAAGCUGGGGAGCGGGCCCUUCAGCGAGAUCGUCUUGUCUGCUCCUGAAGGGCUUCCUACCACACCAGCUGCCCCCAGUCCUCCCGCAACAGAGAUGCUGCCUCCCCUGUCCCCUCCGAGAGGUCUGGUGGCAGUGAGGACAGCCCGGGGGGUACUCCUGCAUUGGGACCCCCCAGAACUGGUCCCUAAGAGACUGGAUGGCUACGUCCUGGAGGCACGGCAAAGCUCCCAGGGGUGGGAGGUGCUGGAUCGGGCCGUGGCAGGCAGUGAAAUGCAGUUGUUGGUGCCAGGACUUAUCAAGGACGUUCUCUACGAGUUCCGCCUUGUGGCCUUCGCCGGUAGCUAUGUCAGUGAUCCCAGCAACACGGCCAACGUCUCCACUUCUGGUGAGAAUCUGGCAGGAGGGCAGAGCCCUGGGGAUUGGGGGGCUCGAAGCCCACUAAGUCGUGGACACCGACCCUCCCCCGUGGCCCUUUGCCCAGGCCUGGAGGUCUACCCCUCGCGCACACAGCUGCCGGGCCUCCUGCCCCAGCCAGUGCUGGCCGGCGUGGUGGGCGGGGUCUGCUUCCUGGGCGUGGCUGUCCUCGUGAGUAUCCUGGCCGCUUGCCUUAUGAACCGGCGCAGAGCCGCACGUCGCCACCGCAAACGCCUCCGCCAAGAUGCACCUCUUAUCUUCUCUCCGGCCGGGAAGUCAGCUCCCCACUCUGCUUCGGGCUCGGGCAGUCCUGACAGCGUGGCGAAGCUGAAGCUCCAGGGUUCCCCAGUGCCCAGCCUGCGCCAGAGUCUGCUCUGGGGGGAACCCGCUGGACCCCCCAGCCCCCCUCCGGAUCCUCCACCUAGCCGGGGGCCCUUACCCCUGGAGCCCAUUUGCCGGGGACCAGAUGGGCGAUUUGUGAUGGGACCCAAGGUGGGGACCUCCCAAGAAAAGUCAGGCCCUGAGCAGGCUGAGCCUCGGACCCCAGCUCAGCGUCAGGCCAGGUCCUAUGAUGGCAGCAGCAGCCCCAGUGGGAUGGCCCAGCCCCUCUGCAUUGCAGACAUCAGCCCUGUGAGGCCCCCUCCAGCAGCGCCCCCCAGUUCCCUGCCAGGUCCAGGACCUCUGCUCCAGUACCUGAGCCUGCCCUUCUUCAGGGAGAUGAAUGUAGAUGGGGACUGGCCCCCCUUGGAGGAGCCUGCUCCUCCCCCAGAUUACAUGGAUACCCGGCCCCGCCCCACCUCAUCUCUCCUCCACCCCCUGGACUCCCACCCUGAGUUCCCCAGGACGGCGCUUCCUGGGGCCGUGCUCGGGGUUGGGGCCUCCCCAGAGCCCCCGUACACAGCGCUGACUGACUGGACACUGAGGGAGCGGCUGCUGCCAAGCCUUCUGCCUGCUGCGCCUCGGGGCAGCCUCACAAGCCAGAGCAGUGGGCGGGGCAGCGCCUCCUUCCUUCGGCCCCCCUCCACGGCCCCCUCUGCAGGAGGCAGCUACCUCAGCCCCGCUCCAGGAGACACCAGCAGCUGGGCCAGUGGCCCUGAGAGGUGGCCCCGAAGGGAGCAUGUGGUGACGGUCAGCACCAGGUGCGAAGACUCCAGAGGAGGGCUGCCUCCUGAAUACCGCCCACGCUCCUGGCCCUGAGGCCCGCUGUGCUGCCCUUCGGGAGGAAUUCCUGGCCUUCCGCCGCCGUCGAGAUGCUGCUAGGUUCCGGCUACCGGCCUAUCGACAGCCAGUCUCCCACCCUGAACAGGCCACUCUGCUGUGAAUGCCCUAAUGUGAGGCAGGGGGAAGGCACAUGGACCCUGCAAAGAAGGCCCCCAGCAAGAACUAGCUCCAGCCUGGGACACUGCCCCUCCUCCUUUGGUGCUCAGGCACGGACCCUGACAGUGGGCUUGGUGUGGGAUGUGCUGAGCCUCUAGAGUCUGGGGACUGGAACAGGGAUCUUAGGUCUGCCUGUGUGUGUGUGUGUGUGUGUGUGUGUGUGCGCGCGCGUGUGCACGCGCGCGUGUGCACGCGUGCAUGUGCGUGUGUGUGGUGUUUGUGGUGUGGGUGAGGUUUUUUUACAGGUGAAUAAAGAAAGUCUGAAAAAUC